GCCACGCCCACUUAGUGAUGUCACCGCAGCCUCGCGCCCUCCGCUUGGCCGGGGCCCGGUUGCCGUGACGUCACCGCCGGGGCCAGGCGCCUCCCGCCGUGCCCCGCGGCCGGAAGUGGCGCGUGCAGGGAGACGUGUCGGAGCGGCGGGCCCGGAGCGAUGAUCACGGACGUGCAGCUCGCCAUCUUCGCCAACAUGCUGGGCGUCUCGCUCUUCCUCCUGGUCGUGCUGUACCACUACGUGGCCGUCAACAACCCCAAGAAGCAGGAGUGAGGGAAGGCCCGCACCGCCAUGCCGCCGCUCCCGCCGCCCCCGCCGCCGCUCGGUGCCUCGGCGGAGCCCCGAGAGGCAGGAGGAGGCCGCGCUUCUUCCAAACCGGCUUUACCAGAAACACGAUGAUACACGACAAAA